AGUUCAUGCUCUCCACGCCAACUGCAACAGCCAAAUCCAAGAGAAUAAGUCGCACAACAAGUGUGAGGCCGUCUAGAAAAGCUAAGGGUCCACUGGACAAACAUGUACAGAUUGUAUCCAAGAGUCCGCCCGCUGUUCGGCUCUCUCCCCCGUCAACUCCAACUAAGCGCCCCCAACGGUCUGGCGACACAGCUCCCAGUCAGAAGAAGAGAUGCAGGAUUGGAAGCAUAGACACGGUGGCAGAGUCCAGUGACCAGACGAUCACAGAGACCCCAUCGAGCGUCUCUAGAAGGAGAGUUCAUGCUGAGAGGAAAGGAGUAUCGGCAGCUCGGGGCAGAAAGUCGGUUAAGAAAAGUCUAGAGUCGUCACUGCUGGAGUGCCUCAAUACCAAGAGCCCUGGUGAUCAAUGCGAAUCCCAGAAACCGUCAAAGUCAACGAUGGCUUCAAACAAAUCAACCUCCGAGUUUACCAACGUCCAAGAACUCUCCAGCUCGACCUCGUCUUCACUUGACUCUGGAAAGCUUCAAAGCUUCAUUGAGAAGUCUUCUCAAUCUGUCUCGUCGUCGACAGUUAACGGAAGUACGUCGACUGCUAGGGUGAGUAGCCGCAUCAGAGGAGCAGUCAAAGAUGUCCUGCAGAUACCCUCGGCAUCAGCCGGAAGCAGUCUGAGCAACAAUGGUGGUAAAAUUCAAAAAAAGUUGUCACCAGCACAGAUGAGAGAGCAACUGUCAAAGACAUGCAAGCUGAGCGAUCUUCAAGCUCGACUUAGUAAAGUCAAGCAGUUUGUAGAUCAGUCCAAAAUCCAGCAGAAAGCUACAAAGGAUUCCACCAGUCUCGCAAAAAGCAGCAGCAAGAAGGCAAAAGAAGCCAGCAGUGAGAAAAUGGAUGAGACAUUCAUGCCGGCGUACCAGAAGUACAGUUCCCUGAUCAAGUCUUCACCAGAUACCCUGACCUUACCCUUCAAGUAUAGGAUUCUGGAGGAGAUGUUUCGCAGCAUGGACACUGUGGUCAGUAUGCUCCACAACCGCUCCGAGACUUGUUCCUUCCCUAAACUCAAACAAGCUGUUCAAGAAAUGUGCCGCAGGACAUUUGAGUUGCGAAACGUUGGUCAGAUCAAGACAGUUUACCCCACCGCCUACUUCAUGAAGCGAGAAUCAAAAGGUCCCAAAGACAAAACGAUGGAGUUGAUCAUUGAGACAAAUACUGGAUCAGGGGUCCAGACGCCUGCUGGUCCAGACAGCAGUGAGCCAUCAGCACCAACCAAGAACAGCUCUACAUGUAAACUUAUGAGCAGGUUUACCCCCUCUAUGUUGAUCGCUAGACGCACUAUAUUUCAUAAUAAUCUACUGGACAUAGUCAAGGAGCAUCACUGUGAAUUUCUGUCAAACUUGGACCGACCCCUCAGCGUUCCAAACGACAAGCUGACCCGAUGGCAUCCCAAGUUCCCUCUUGAUCAGAUUGCUGAGGUAGAGUCUGCUGAUUUACCUCAACCCCCUGCAGUCAAGACGUACAACACAGCUAAAGAUGUCCUUGACAAAGCUAGGGUCGUCAUUAACCCAAGAGUAGCUAAAGCGCUGGAAGUCGUCGCCAAAAACUCUGCAUUAUUAAAAGCAGAGAAAGAGAAGCCCAAAGUGGAAGAGAAGAGUAGUUCCAAGCAACCAGUCAAGAAUGAAACCAAGACGUCGGCAGUUAGCGGUGUUAACCAAUCAUUACUAGAUAGAAUUCGAGCCAAAGAAGCCAUGAACUUGACCGCUAUGAUGACCCGUAACCCAGCUGACCAAGAAAGAAUCUCCAUGCUGGAACGGCUUCCUGAGUUAUGUCGCAUUCUCAGAGUAUAUUUUAUUGCUGAGAAGAAGGCAGCCAUACCAGUGGAGUCUGCUGUACUGAAACUAACAGAGAGCUAUCAAUCAGCAUUAUCAAAAGCUCAAUGUGAGAAGCAUGUAUCUUUGAUGGUGGAGACUCUUCCAGAGUGGGUCACCAUGGUGAAGGUACGCAAAGAUCAAUACCUCAAGAUCAACAAAACCAAAGACAUGGUGCAGGUCAACGAGAGACUACGCCAACUACUCAGGGAAAGUAAAUACGACAAAGGUCAGAGUUGAAGAUAGACGAUGGACGAUCUUUAAAGAGUGAAUUUGGGGUUUUUUUUGGUAGCAGCAGACUUGGGCGUAAUCAAAUUGGUGUCAGUAAUGUGCGCUUGCUAAGAACUACAUAAACAAUAGAAAUUUACCUGGUAAGUCUGCUGCCACCUAGAGUUCUAAACAGUUUAAUUUAAGGUCUCUAAUUUUGCCAUCAGUUGAUUGGCAAACUUUGCGAAGCCAUUUGUUCAAAAACAAAGCCACGCUUUGAAGGGUUUUUUUUGUGUGGAAGAAACUCAAUUUUGAAAAGCGCUUUUAAUUGGACAGUUUUUUUUGGAUGCCGGUUGGUAUUGAACUUACCAUGUGAAUCUAUCAUUCUUAGAAAAUUGAAAUGUCAGGAAUUUGAUUUCUUAGGAUUAUCUCAAAAUAUCUCAAGAGUAAAUUUAGUUAACAUAAAUAGAUUUGAACAAUUGCAAUAACAAAUAAAAUACAUCUAGGGAACACUGCCACCUCCUGUUUUAACCAUUACUUCCGAGGUACUGACCUGACCGCACAUAAUGUUGGAGGUAGAGUGGAGUUGUCUUUUAAGCCCCCUUCGAAAUGACGCUCUUUUUGCUGUCUUUACCUAAAGUGCACAUUUUAAAUUAAGUGACACAGCUGAACUUGAAGCCGAUAAAAGUGGUUUUGAAAAGAGCCUUAAUGUUUAAAUGCAAGUUUAAAUAGAUGAAUGUAAUUUUCAGAAAUGCCAAACUUUAACUUAAACAAUAAUAAUUAAUAACAAAAUAAUUGUAUGCUGUUUGUCCAUCUAUUUGUCAUAAACUUUUCUACUAAGACUUUUUAUAAUGUUCUGUGUUUUUAAAAUUUAACAUUUUAAGAAAGUUUUUAGAAAAGUAAACAUGGAGUCUUAGGAAAUGACCCACACUUUCAAAUAGCAACUAAAGCAGGAAACAAAAUGCUUAACGAUUUACUGCUUAGCAAAAAUGUGCAAGAAACCAGUUGUAAAUAGUACCAGGUACGUAAGACUAAACAUCAUAUUUUGGCUAGUAACCUUUUUUAAGUCAACAGGUACUCGGGUCUCAAUGUGUCGAUAUUCAAGCGUUAUGUUUACUCGCAUGUUUUGACGACAUAUUGCAGUCUGGUGCGGUGUUGUUCACUU